AUGAGCUCCCCAGGCACAGAGAGCGCAGGGAAAAGCCUGCAGUACCGAGUGGAUCACCUGCUCAGCGCCGUGGAGAGCGAGCUGCAAGCGGGCAGCGAGAAGGGCGACCCCACGGAGCGCGAGCUGCGAGUGGGCUUGGAGGAGAGCGAACUGUGGCAGCGCUUCAAGGAGCUAACUAACGAGAUGAUUGUGACCAAGAACGGCAGGAGGAUGUUCCCGGUGCUGAAGGUGAACGUUUCGGGUUUGGACCCCAAUGCCAUGUAUUCCUUCUUGCUGGACUUCGUCGCGGCUGACAAUCACCGCUGGAAGUAUGUGAAUGGGGAGUGGGUACCUGGGGGCAAGCCGGAGCCUCAGGCGCCCAGCUGCGUCUACAUCCACCCAGAUUCGCCCAACUUCGGGGCCCACUGGAUGAAGGCUCCGGUGUCUUUCAGCAAAGUCAAACUCACCAACAAACUCAACGGAGGAGGCCAGAUCAUGUUGAAUUCCUUACACAAGUAUGAGCCUCGCAUUCACAUUGUGAGGGUGGGGGGCCCACAACGCAUGAUCACCAGCCACUGCUUUCCCGAGACCCAGUUCAUAGCUGUGACCGCCUAUCAGAACGAGGAGAUCACAGCCCUGAAAAUUAAAUACAAUCCGUUUGCAAAGGCCUUCCUUGAUGCCAAAGAAAGAAAUGACCACAAAGACGUGCUGGAGGAGCCCGGGGACGGCCAGCAGCCGGGGUAUCCCCAAUCAGGGGGGUGGCUUGUUCCUGGCACCAGCACCCUCUGUCCACCUGCCAGCUCCCACCCUCAGUUUGGAGGCUCGCUCCCUCUCCCCUCCACACAUGGCCGCGAGAGGUACCCGGCUCUGAGGAACCACCGCUCAUCCCCUUACCCCAGCCCGUAUGCUCACCGGAACAACUCUCCCACCUAUGCCGACAAUUCGUCUGCGUGUUUGUCCAUGCUGCAAUCCCACGACAACUGGUCUAGCCUAGGAGUGCCUGGCCACACCAGCAUGCUACCCAUGAGUCACAGCACCGGCCCGCCUACUGGCUCUAGCCAAUACCCCAGCCUAUGGUCUGUGAGCAAUGGCACCAUCACUCCAGGCUCCCAGACAGCUGGGGUAUCCAACGGGCUAGGAGCCCAGCUCUUUCGGGGCUCCCCUGCACAUUACGCACCUCUGACGCACACGGUCUCGGCGGCCACGUCCUCUGGCUCCCCUAUGUAUGAAGGGGCGGCUACUGUCACGGACAUUUCUGACAGCCAAUACGACACAGCCCAGAGCCUCCUCAUAGCCUCGUGGACUCCCGUGUCACCUCCAUCCAUGUGA